AUGACGAGAAGAGAAAAGAAACGCUACAUUCGAGCAUUUAGAGAGCUAUCUAGGCCAAAUAGCACAUACCAUAGAGAGUUCAGUGACCUAAUUGCCACUCACAAAUCAAGAUUCAUGACAACRAUUCAUCAGCAAAUCCAUUUCCUACCAUGGCACCGAUGGUAUCUUGGCCAGAUUGAAAACCUACUCCGAAAAAUUGAUUGUCGCGUCACUCUGCCAUACUGGGAUUGGAGCGUGGUUUCAGGYGAUCCUUGGAUUGAAGAACUUUGGAAUAAUGGGACUUAUACUGGKUUUGGGGGAAAUGGCGUGAGGGCACUCGGUUAUUGURURCCAAGUGGUCCAUUYUCRAAAGAAUUARACUGGCAACCUGCUUCAUCAAAUCAGCGAGGAUGUGUUCAAAGAUAUUUUCGUGGAAACCCACCAGAUAUUGUCGCCGUAGAGGAACUGCUUAAGACYCCUGCAAAAAAYUUUUCUGAYUUUGAGAUAGAGCUCCGUAUUCUAUUUCACGACCGAGUGCACUGUGUCAUUGGUGGUACAAUGUGUUCUCUUGACUCAGCAUCAGCGCCAGAGUUUUUCUUGCAUCAUACCUUCAUUGACAAGCUAUGGGAUGACUGGCAGAAGAAGAGCCAAGAACAUAAGWACGCAUUCUUCUAUAAUUUGACAGAAGUACUUCCAGGUACCGAUGGCCUGCUACCAAGAGACGUCCUUGACAAUGCGAACUUACCUAAAGGUGUAAAAGUGGAGUACUUGGAUAUAAACGACACAGAAACGCGAAACGUGCGGAAACGUUUGAGAAAACUAAGUAGUGAAGARCUUAGGGAAAUUCCAAGAGCUGAUUAUGACGAGGAUGAAGACCUUGAUGAAGUUGCAAUGAAUCUAUUCAAAGUGAAACCCUCUGAAAAGAAGAAAGCGAGAAGAAGAAGAAAAAGACUCAGACCCAAGAACAGAAGGAAACGCAGAAUGAUGAAAAAUCGCCGUUAA